AUGAGACCUCGAGGACAACAACGCCCCAAGGGCGUCAGGUGUAGGCAACCAAUGGGAGUAUGGCAUGAUCCAUGGCAGACCCUGGUGAAGGUGACACGAGAUGGUCCACUUGUGACGCUGGAACCAGUGUCAGAAGGGUCGGUGGUGCAGAAGCCCUUGGGGCAGGAGCCAGUAGCGCAUGGGCCAGUGGCACAGGAGCUGGUAGUGCGACUGAACGAGGGCCUGGCAGCGUCGGAAGCGGAGAAAGAGGCGUUUCCACAGGUGCCUGACACGACACCUGCGGGCUACUUGUCGCGGGGCGACCACAACGUGUGGCUGGUGGACUGGCGGCCGCUGUCGGGGGCGCGCUACCGCUGCUCCGUGGUCGGCGUCCCUGACGCGGCCCGCCACGUGGCUGCCGCCAUCCACAGCCUCGGCCUCCCCGAGCGGAAGAUCCACCUCGUCGGCCACAGCAUGGGCGCGCAGCUGGCCGCCACUGUCGGCAAGCUGUUCCAGGGACGCCUGCACAGGAUCACAGCGUUGGACCCCGCUCUGCCACUCUUCAGCAUCCUGUCGCACGUCACUUCCAUCAGCGCUGGAGAUGCACAGAACGUUGACGUCAUCCACACGGAUGGUGGGAUAUAUGGCAUCAUGGGCCCUGUGGGCACCGUGGACUUUUAUCCCAACGCUGGCACUAGGAGGCAGCCGGGAUGUUCACCAGAGUUGAUCUUGAUCAACGAUCUAUGCAGCCACCAUCGAUCCUUCAUGAUGUAUGCAGAGUCCCUGAUGAGGCCAAUGGCAUUCCCCGCCGUCUGGUGCACAUCCUGGAAAGAGUUUACGAGCGGAAACUGCAACAACACUCAGACUGCCUAUAUGGGGAUCCUUGCGACAACCGAAAGCAAUACACGUGGUUCUUACUUCCUUCGUACUAGUACAUCCUUUCCUUUCGGCCUGGGGAAAGAAGGCAUCUAUGUUCCACAACUUCCAACUACAGCAAGCCCUCUGCCAGAGAAUGAAAUCAGAGGGCACAGUGGUUGA